AUGGGACAAUGGGUUCUGGUGUCCAUGAGAUACCGCCAUGGACGGGACGUUCGCGUCGGAGACCUCGUCACGUAUGAUAUCCCUAUUUCGCGCGAUUGGUGUGGCCUCAAGCGUGUUGUAGGCAUGCCAGGUGACUACGUCGCUCUUCACCCUCCCGGCACCGCUCCUGGUCCCAAGGACGACAUGAUUCAGGUCCCCGCGGGUCACUGCUGGCUAGUGGGUGAUAAUCUCACCGUGUCGAGAGACAGUCGAGAUUUUGGGCCAGUCCCCCUCGCCCUCGUUAAGGGCAAGGUCCUCGCUACGCUGUUCCCCUUCAAGUGGAUCCAAAGCGGUUUGAAGAAGGUCGAGUAA